AUGGGUCCCUCCUCCACUGGCAGCUGGGAGCGAUGGGCCCUGGACUCCCUCCUGACAGCUGCCCCUCCUCCUCCUCCCCCCCCAGCCCAUUUCUUGCACCAGUGGACGUGCGAGUGCCACUUCUUCAAUGGGACGCAGCGGGUGUGGUUCCUGAAGAGCUUCUUCUAUGACCGGCAGGAGUUUGUCCGCUUCGACAGCGACCUCGGGAGGUUCGUGGCCAUCACCCCGUUGGGGCAGGUGGAUGCCGACAAGUGGAACAGCAAUCAGGACAUCCUGCUGGACGUGAAGGCCGCCAUAGAUUACUUCUGCCGGCACAACUACGGGGUGUACAACUACAAGGCAGCCAAGAGAGCGCGUCUGAUUGGCCGGAGAA